AACUGACCGUGCGACGCCGCAGACUCGACUCCGAGCCGCGCACCCAGCCCGACGACCGAAGAUUCCGCGACUGUUGCUCCUCUGCAUUCAUGGAGUUUAAUGGAGCCGUUACUCUCUCUCCCAUCACUCCCUCUCAUCAAUCUCUCAUCAAUGGCGCCUUGAAUCGACUGUUUCUCCCCCACCUGCUUUUUCUCUCCCUCCCCAUUUUCUUGGUCCGUAGUAUGCUCAGGAAACGCAGCUGCGCCGCCUCCUCAAUCUCCCGAGCAGCCGGCCAGCCGCCGCAUCUCCUCGCUUCUCUCUCGCGCGCCCAAGCCACCUGCCCCACGCCCGCUCAGACCGAUGCCGAGCAGCCCUGCCGAAGACUGAGCCGCGCGCGCCCCUGCCCGACCGCAUCCAGUACGACGCGACCCGAAGACCUUACCGCCACCACGCAGCAGCCCAGGAGCCGAGCAAGGACCCCGCCAUCCCGACGCCCCGUCGAGCAGCGCACCGACCGCGACCCGAGUCCCCAAGCCGGAAACGGCUGCCGUUUCUUCUCCCCUUUUUCCCUCCCCACGUCCUCUCUCCUUCAAUGGAGGUAACAGCCGCCAUUGAUGUCCAUUGAUGAAGACCGGCCACCGUUUCUUCUUCCCCGGCUCGCUCCCUCCUCGCCCCUAUAAAUCAUCGUUCCUGCGCCACGCCGAGCCCAUCCCAGCCUUCCCUCUCCCACGCUACUGCCAACUCUAUGUCUGCCACCUGCGUCGCAUGCCAGUUCCUCGUCGGCCGCCGGAGCUUCGUCGAAACGUGCCCGUGGAGUUCGCAGCACCACACGCUCGUCGCCAAGGCCUGAUCGUUCCAUCUGUUGUCUGCCCCUCAACGCCAGCAAUCGUGUUUGAUUACCCGUCGUCGUCGUGCCGAGAUGCUAUGCUGGUCGGUGGCCACACCGUUGUCGCGCCGAAAUCCCUGUGCGUGUGCUGUUCUGCGCCCACUACCGUCUCACCAGCUCACCGUCAUCAAAGCAUCGUCACGUCUCAGUCGAUCUCGUGUUCUGCUCUCUUCGUGUGUCAUCCGAAGUGAUUGAUCUAAUAGUUGAGAAUCAUGUGCUAUUCCGUGGAAGAACCUCAAGUUUUCAAUAAGCAAGGCAA